GUACGACUUCUUGGGAUACGAACAUAACCUUACUAUGUUUCUCUUCAGUCCGCAGCAAAUAACAGAUUAUGUGCAUCGUGAUGUACGAGAUUCCCAGGACAGAUGAGAUUGGUGGUGUGGGAGCUUGUACAUGCGUGCACCUUCGCAAGCGUGCUUUGAGAGCCCUCUCCGAAGAAAGCAUGCGCAAAGCGCGGGUUGCAAGACUACAACAAGAGCUUGCAAAUCUAGAGCAAGACCUCGCCAGCACUACUCCAACAACACAAGACGCAAUCGAGCAGCUCGCCAAAACAGAAUGCCAGCAGCUUACCAACAACAUCAUGACCAAACUACCACGUGAGAUCCGUGAUAUGAUCUACUUCCAUCUCAGCACACAAGAUCGCGAGCUCAUCGAGCGCGAGCAUUUCCGGACGACCCUGGAUCCGCUGACGAGGCUCUACUCCUACGACUUCGACAGAUGGAAAGCACAACACUUCCCCGCGCACUACUGGGACACCGAUUACGUUGGCCAGCCCUUCUACCGCGAGCUUGUAGAGAACUACUACCGAACAAGUACCUUCCUCUUCGGCGACGACCCAGGAGUAAUGAAGCGUUUCCUCAACGCGGACGAAAUGAAACUAGGCAUUCCUCCCAAAGCACUGGUAUCCAGCAUUGAGAUCGGCCUGAACGCUGUCUCGCAUGACCGUGGUUCGUUCCGCGCUUACAUGUUUGGCAUACCCAAGUCACCGGAGCGUAUGCGAGAGGCUCUCGACGGCAUCCUCGAACUGAAGCCUGGGGCUAGGAUUGUGAUUCGUUUCGUGACAGAGGCGAAGACUAGGGAGGCAAGGGAUGAGCAUUGCAAGGGAGCGAUGGCGAUGCUGUUUGAUGAUGCGCAGGUGGAGAAGAUGAAGAUGUAUAAGGUUAAGUUUGUGGUUGAUGAGGGACAGGUUUGGGAUUUGGCGGAGGCGAUGAGGGAGGAGUGGAUGGGUAUUCAUGGGUGAUAACUUGCUGCAUACAACAACGAUCCUAUGUUCAGUCUACACGUCAAACGAUUGUUGGGCAUACGAGAGUGACGAUGGACAACACGCAAGGAGUGCGGAAAGGGAAAGCUGCCCAAGGCCGCUAGCGUGUAAUCGCCGCCCGUUCUGAUUGGUCAAAGCCAACGCCGUUAGGGUCCGGGGGAAGGAGCACCCCGCCAUGGCAGAAAUUGUUAUCGCG